AUGGCAUCAUCAAAUGGCCUGCCAUCCUCCUGGCAUUCCGGUCCAGACGAUGCUUUCCACGGCAAAAUCACUGCAGAUGGCCCCUUCAAGGCCGAGAGAGGCCGCUAUCAUCUCUACAUCGGCCUCUUUUGCCCCUUCGCCCAUCGCCCAAAUGUCAUGAUGCACCUCAAACAGCUCGACAAGUACGCCGGCAUCGAUACGAGCAUUGUCCGCGCUUAUCCCAAGGGCACGGAUGGCUGGCCGGGCUGGCGAUUCAAUCAUCCCGAUGACCGGGAGAAUGAGUACGAAGGGUCUACGGAUGAUAAGCUGUUCGGGUUCAAGUUUAUGCAUGAGGUUUACUUCAAAGCCGAUCCGGAUUACAAGGGCAAGUACUCUGUUCCUGCGCUGUGGGACAAGAAGCUCAAUACUAUUGUCAACAACGAGUCUUUGGAGUUGUUGCGGGAUAUGCAGACGGCUUUUAAUACUUUACUACCCUCCAAGCUUGCAGAGAUCAACUUGUAUCCCGAGGAGUUGAGAGAAGACAUCGACCGCAUCGGCGCAUGGAUGCAGCGCGAUCUCAACACCGGUGUAUAUAAAGCCGGCUUCGCCCCCGACGAAGAAACGUACAUCAAAAACCUGCCCCCCGUCUUCGCAGCCCUCAACAAACUCGAGAAAAUCCUCCAUUCCAACCCCGGCCCCUACAUCCUCGGCACGCACCUCACCGAACUCGACGUCCGCGCCUACGCAACGCUCAUCCGCUUCGACGUCGUCUACGUCCAGCACUUCAAAUGCAAUCUCGGCACCAUCCGCUACUCCUACCCGCAUCUGGAAAACUGGCUGCGCACCAUGCACUGGGAGUGUCCCGCUUUUCGGGAGACUACCGAUUUCAAGCAUAUCAAGGAGAACUACACCAAGAGUCACUUUGAUAUUAACCCCAAGGCUAUCACGCCGGUUGGCCCUUGGCCGCAUAUUGAAAAGGGGAUUGAGAAGGAUCGGAGCAAGUUGAGGGUGGGGGAGAUUGAUAUGCCGGAGGUGUUGGAGUGGGAGAAGCGGUUGGAGUAG